AUGAACUCCCCGUUCACAAAAUGGCUCCCAACGCCGGAUGAUACCAAGCAUACGGAAACGAGUCCACAAGCGACGAAACAACAAACCAUGGUAAAACAAUUCUCGAAACACCAUGGCGCCAAGCCACGAUAUCUAUCAGUGGGAGAUCGAGUAUUGGUCCUAACCCGCAAGGACAAGCGCGAAAAGGGCGUCAUACACAAGGUCCUAUCAAAAACUCGUUACUCGGUACGCCUCGAUGAUGGGAAAAUCAUCGACCGGCAUAUUAACCAUAUCUGGAGAGGAGGCUCCACUCCAUCAACUCCAUCUCAAGAUCCGGGAGAUGACUGGAUAUUUCUACAACCUCCUGCUCCACCGACCACCCUGCAAGAACCUCAACCUAUCUCGGAGCCUGAUUCACAGCUCCUAUCAUCCCCCACUGCUCAAACGCCAGCCAACCGGAACCUGGAAUCACCGGCAGCCCGAACGACCCCGGUCAGACCGACCCGUAACCGUAUGGCCCCGAAGAGGCUGAUAUUAGACCCGGCCGCCAAAAACUACUCCCAAGGGUAA